UUGGCCAGCCCCGCCCAGAUGAACAUGCGCGUGUCGCCCGUCUGCGUGGCCCAAGCCGGCGACAACUUCCCCGGAGGCAUGAAGUGCGUCACCACCGGCUGGGGGCUGACCCGCCACAACGCUCCCGACACGCCGGCCCUCCUGCAGCAGGCCUCCCUGCCGCUGAUGACCAACGAGCAGUGCCGCCGAUUCUGGGGCAACAAGAUCAGCAACCUGAUGAUCUGCGCCGGAGCCUCCGGAGCCUCAUCAUGCAUGGUGG